CACUAAUAUUUUGACAACAUCAAAACGUUUUGCCAGUCAUUUGAAAUAUUUUUUGUAAAAGCUAACCUCUUUGAAAGAAAAUAAAUUUUUCUCCAAAAUGGACUAUGCAAAUGAUUGGUUGAAUGCCGCAGAAAGUACAGGGACUUCGAUAAUGGCAGCGGAAUUUUCGGAUGGUGUUGUUAUAGGGGCGGACUCUCGAACUACCACUGGAGCUUACAUUGCAAAUCGUGUUACGGAUAAGUUGACAAAGGUAACGGAUCAUAUAUAUUGCUGUCGUUCCGGAUCUGCGGCCGAUACACAAGCUAUUGCAGAUGUAGUAUCGUAUCAUCUAAAUUUCCACCAGAUGGAAUUAGGCGAGCAACCGCUUGUUGAAGCAGGCGCACAAGUAUUUCGCGAGUUAUGUUACAACUAUAGAGAUUCCCUAAUGGCCGGUAUUUUGGUAGCAGGAUGGGAUCGCAAAAAGGGAGGGCAAGUGUAUUCCAUUCCUAUUGGAGGAAUGUGUGUACGUCAGCCUGUAUCAAUUGGGGGUUCUGGGUCAAGUUAUGUGUAUGGUUACGUUGAUGCCAAUUUUAAACCGGGCAUGUCCAAGGAGGAAUGUGUUAAUUUUGUAAUUAAUACAUUAAGUUUAGCUAUGGCUCGAGAUGGGUCAUCUGGUGGAGUAGUUCGUGUAGGUGUAAUCACAGCUGAAGGUGUAGAGCGUAGAGUUAUUCUAGGAACAGAUCUACCAAAAUUUUAUGAAGGUUAAUUACUUACUAAAUACAAAUUUAUAAUUUGCGUGUAACAAUGAUUUGUUCUAUUGGUUGUUUUUGUAUUCCAAUUAUAUAAAUUCAGUAAAAUUUGAUUUAAGCCUA